GAAACUUGCAGAACGUUCUUUCUCUCUUAUCUCUUAGCAAUCUCUGUCUCUGUAUAUAUAUACGCAAAGGCACGCAGACUGCAGAACCAUCAAAGUAACAAAAGAAAGCAAAGCAAAAUUGUGAAAGAGAACAAACUUGUGAAAGAGCAUCUUAAGUCUUCUAGGAAGGGAAACGAUGUCUCUAAUUCCGAGCUUUUUCGGUGGCCGAAGAACAAACGUGUUCGACCCAUUCUCGUUAGACCUGUAUGAUCCGUUUGAAGGAUUCCUAACGCCUUCAGGGAUGACAAACGCAGCCUCCAAGGACGUGGCCGCGUUCACAAACGCGAAAGUGGACUGGAGAGAGACACCUGAGGCGCACGUGUUCAAGGCAGACUUGCCGGGGCUGAAGAAAGAAGAAGUGAAGGUGGAGGUUGAAGAUGGUAACAUACUUCAGAUAAGUGGAGAGCGGAGCAGCGAGAAUGAAGAGAAGAGUGACAAGUGGCACCGCGUGGAGAGGUCAAGUGGGAAGUUCAUGAGGAGGUUUAAGUUGCCAGAGAACGCGAAGGUAGAUGAAGUGAAAGCGAGUAUGGAGACAGGUGUGUUGUCGGUCAUGGUGCCCAAGGUGCCUGAGAGGAAGCCUGAGGUCAAGUCUAUCGACAUCUCCGGUUAAAAGAGAUGGAAAGUCGUAAAUAAAUAAGUGUGACGGUGUGAAAUAAAUGGUGUGCAUGUGUUUGUUUCCCUGGUCUUUCCCUGUGUAAUCGUGAAUCUACUUGUAUAAUAUCUUAAUAAAAGUGUUUUCAAAUAUAUAA